AUGAUACGUCUGUGUAUGUUUCAGACAAUCACGAUCGUCUUGGGUGUCUCUCCUGCGCUAGCCUGGAAAGAUCGGUCGCAGCGUUGCCUUGUCGGACGUUACACAGUCGGAUCGGUGCUCAUAAAUACUGGCAUUGUAUUGGAGAUUGUAGAAUUUUUGAACGGUUGCUUGGAUAUCAAUCGGGCAACUCCAUUAUGCAUCAUGAAGCUUACCCCAACCGUCUGGAAAAUAAACGCGGGAAGGGUGUUAGCUUGAGUUCACAGGGCGUAGGGGAAAGUUUAAGUAUUUCGGGGCAGUGAACGUAUUACCGAAACCUCAAAUUUACAUGAUCUUAAUAAAUCGCGUGUAAGGUG